UGGGGCUGAAAGUGGAACUUAAUUAAAGACUUGGGACAAGAGUCCCCAAAGUGCGGGAAGGAUGGAAAAAUAAAACAUUCAAGGAGUCUAGUAGAAAAGAUUAAGCUUCUUACUGAAGUCAUCACAGAACGAGAUAAGGCAGAUCCAGGAAAAGAAAACCUGCCAGGUGCCUCAGGUGCUGUUAGUAUUAUCCAGUAGGAAGUGUGCACACAUUGCCCAAGGCAUCUUGUUCUUGUCCAGGACUUCAAACACAGCCACAUGAAGAGGAAAUGAAGAGUGGGAAUGAAACUUCUUCAGCAGACUUCAUUUUGCUGGGACUCCUGAGCCGGACCAAUGUACACAAGUUCUCCAUGGCCACGAUCUUAUUAGCCUUCAUCACUGCCUUGUGUGGGAAUGCUCUUCUCAUACUUGUAAUCCAAGUGGAUUCCUCCCUUCACACUCCCAUGUACUUUUUCCUCAGACAAUUGGCCUUCAUGGACAUCUGUCAGACACUGAUAAUUGUCCCCAAAAUGUUAGCAGACUUCCUGACCCCAGGCAAUCCCAUUUCUCCAGCUGGCUGUGGGGCUCAGGUUUUCCUCAUGCUGACCAUGGGCGUAUCAGAGUGCCUCCUCCUGGCAGUCAUGUCUUAUGACAGGUACAUUGCUAUCUGCAACCCCUUGCACUACCCCAUCCUCAUGAGCAGGAACAUCUGCUUUCUUUUAUCAGCUGGAGUCUGGAUGGGAGCAUUGGUAAAUGCCUUGAUUGAGACAGUGUUUACACUGUCUCUCCCCUACUGUGGCUCAAAAAAGAUUGACCACUUCUUCUGUGAGGUCCCAGCCCUGCUCAAAUUGUCCUGCUCUGACACCUCUCAGCAUGAGACUCUGGUAUUUGUGAGUGGCAUUGUCCUGCUCCUCAUCCCUUCUUCCAUUAUACUGGCCUCUUACGCUUGUAUCCUCUCCAGGGUCCUGAGGAUGAAGUCAACGAAGGGACAGCAGAAAGCUCUGGCCACUUGCUCGUCCCACCUGACUGUGGUGGUCAUGUUUUACGGGGCAGGCAUCUUCAUGUACAUGAGACCCAGCUCCUACCACUCCCCAGAGCAAGACAAGAUUGUUUCUCUGUUUUACACCAUUGUCAGCCCACCACUCAAUCCACUCAUCUACAGCCUGAGAAACAGGGAUGUCUUACGAGCCCUAAGAAAGCUGAUUGGGAUAUUCAGGGUCUUCCUGCAAAAUUGACAAAGCUCUACGUUACCAUGAGCUAAGUCUCAUUAAACUGAGAAGGCCGCCAGCAGGGUUUUCUGGAUCAUUUAGAAGGAAGCUAACAUGUCUCAGUCACGUAACACCCUGUGACCUACUGAGAGUCACGGGCUUUUGGGCUCUGUUACUUAAACGCUUAGAAAGAGGUUUGAGGAAAUGUACCCCACUCUCUUUGUUCAUUAGUGUUUUCCUGCUUCAGGAAAUUUAACCAAAUUAUUGCAAACAGUGAAGACUUCAUGGGGAAUUGAAACUUUCUAUUUCCCUGAUGCUGACCCUGCACGAGGCCCAAGCCCCACUGCAGGAAAUACGACAAAUGGAAGGGCAACCAAAAUGGCCCCUGGGAUGAAAGUUUAUGAGGAAGGUAUGAAAGAACGAGGGUUAUUUAGGAUGGAUAGGAAUAGACUGAGGAGCAGGGUAUAAUAGUUUCUCAAAUACAUGAAGAGUGAUUAUAGAGAGAAUGGAGAUGGGCUUUUCUUUGUGGCUCUAAGGGACAGGACUAGGAGCAAGGGCCACAAGCCAUAGCAGGGGAAAUUGAAGUUGGAGAUUAGGGGGAACUAGCUGCCGUUGGGAGUGGUCACACAGGGAUGAAGCUACCGAGAGAAGCUGUGGAUUUUCCAUGCUUGGAAACGUCCAAAAGCAGGUAAGACAGACCCUUGGCUGUGGUGGUUUAGUCAGAGAUGAACAUGGCUGGAGCAGGGACAUGGGCCACAGGAUGUGGUGAGGUUUCUUUCAAACUAUGAUCCUAAGUGCUUAGAAGCAGAUCUUCCCAACCACUGCAAGGCACUGCACUUUAUGUCUGAUUCCUGUCUCACUUCACGUUGUUUUUCCACCAGAUUCACUCCACUGAGGUCAAAGUGGAACACGUGGCGUGAGCUGGUGUUUUAGUUAGAGUGGCAUCUGGGCAGCCACUCUACUAAAAAACCCACAGCAUCGCAUAUAAUGACUUCCUGUGUUUUUAAAAAUGACCGCAGGAUGCUUUAUCUAGAGUUUUAGGUAAAGCACCCCAAUGGCCAUUUUAAACCAUGCCAGGGUUUAAUACACAUGACACUGCAGCAAUGCGGGGCAGCCGCGAUUAAUAGGAUCUGCUCCAAGGCGUUGUAGUGAGAACUGCAAAGAGCACCUGUCUAGGCAGGCAUAAUUUUUACACAAGAGAAAAAAACCUCUGUUUUAGAUUAACCUGUUCUCUUUAGCAGCCUUUUUUUUUUAAAAAAAGGCUGUUACCCAAGAAUCUCUCUAAGCCUUGUGUAAAAUAAAUAUAUUUGAUUUAUUCAAGACAUGACUGAAAAGGGCAGCAGGGAGAAACAGGAAGCUUUCUAGGUUUAGAUCCAUGCCAAGAAUGCCUAGCCUUAAAUGAGAACAAAGCCGUGUUUGAACGUCCCUUUCUUUGCGCCUGGAGCAGAUGGAGCUGAUUGGCUGACAGAACAAAUGAAUGAAGGACAUUAA